AGGGGCAGGCAGAAGCCAGAGGACAGGGACCUGAAUAGAAGAUGGUUCUCGCCAUGCUGGGGGCUCUGCGUCCCAGGGCUGGGCUGAGCCUCUUGCUCCUCUACCUCCUCCUGGCAGCUGCACUCCUCCGCCCCCAGCCACUGAGGCCUCAGCGAUCUGUUCCUGAAGAAUUUUCAGCCCCUCUGGAACUCUCGCAGCCACUUUCCGGCCUAGUGGAUGACUAUGGGGUUCGACCCAAGCACCCCUGGCCACGAGGGCCUCGACCCCUCCUCUCCCAGGCCCAGCAGCGCAAGCGGGAUGGGCCAGACAUGGCCGAGUAUUACUACGACGCACACCUGUGACUGGCGCCACUUAUAAAGCUGUUCUGUGCAGCCACGGCUUAGGC